CUGAACAUUUCAACCUCAAUGCUUGUGUCAAGAUCAACAUCCAGACACACAAGUACUGUGACUUCUUUGACUCUCGUCUUUAAGAAGCAAUUCAACAUAGCAACAAGCUGGUCUCCCCUUCAAUUUUUCCGUCCACUCUUCCAAUCCUCCAUAGUCACCAUGUCACCCCUCAAAUCCUGGCUCCCAAUCCCACCCAAGAGCGACUUUUCCCUGGCCAACAUCCCCUUCGGCAUCAUCACUUCCCGAAACUCGCAGACGCAACACCGCCCCGCCACCGCAAUCGGCGACCACGUCCUCGACCUCCUGGCAUUCUCCCGCGGCAACGGCUUCUCCAAGCUCCCCUCCCUAGCUCCACACCUCUCCGUCUUCGAACAACCGACCCUCAACGACUUCGCCGCUCUCGGGAGGCCCGUACAUCGAGAAGUACGCAAGUACAUCCAAGAUGUAUUCGCGGACAACACCCCCUACCCUGGGAUAUUAAAAGACAACGAAGAGCUGCGCAAGAAUGCUCUGCUGCCAAAACAAGAUACCAAGACCCAUCUCCCGAUGCAGAUAGGGGAUUACUCCGAUUUCUUCGCCGGCAGGAAUCAUGCCGUGAAUCUCGGCUCCAUGUUCCGCGACCCCAAAAACGCCCUCCAGCCAAACUACAACCACCUCCCCGUCGGCUACCACGGCCGCGCCUCGUCCGUCGUCGUCACCGGAACCCCCAUUACGCGCCCACACGGCCAGAUCCUGCUCGACCCCAGCCAACCCUCCUCUCCAACCUUCGCGCCGUGCCGCUUCCUGGACAUCGAGCUCGAGCUCGCGUGUUUCCUGUGCAAAUCCAACCCGCUGGGCCAGCCCGUCCGGAUUAGAGACGCGGAGGAGUAUAUAUUCGGGUACGUGCUCAUGAACGAUUGGUCGGCGCGGGAUAUCCAGCGGUUUGAGUAUGUGCCUUUGGGGCCUUUUACCGCGAAGAGUUUCGCAACCACAGUUAGUGCGUGGGUUGUGCUGCCUGAGGCUUUGGAGCCGUUCCGGGCGGAGAAAUUGAGGAAUGAGAAGGAGGGGGAGGUCGCGAAGUAUUUAAGAGAGGGGAGGGAGGAUACCGUGUAUGAUAUUGGGCUGGAAGUUGAGCUCACGACGCCCGAUGGAGGGACGACUACCAUUAGUCGAGUGUCGGGGAAGAAUUUACUGUGGAGUUUUCCGCAGAUGGUGGCGCAUCAUAGUGUGGGUGGGUGUAACAUGCGGGUUGGGGAUCUGCUGGGGAGCGGGACGAUUAGCGGGACGAAGGAGGAUGGGAGUGAGUUUGGAAGUAUGAUUGAGAUGAAUCAGCAGGGGAAGAGGGAGAUUAUGCUGUCGGGGAUGGAUGUGCGGAAGUUUUUGAAGGAUGGGGAUACGAUUACGAUUCGGGGGACGUGUGGUGGGGAGGAGGGCGCGCUGGUUGGGUUUGGAGAGUGUAGUGGGACUAUUGAGAGUGCGAUACAGUUUGAUUAGGGGGUAAAUAGAAAUAAAAG